AUGGCCUCCUCUAGCUUAACUUUAACAUGGUAUCCAGAGCGAAAUCCUAGGCCUGGUUACCGGCCUUGCUUCGUCGUCGUGCUCCUUCACCACUCUUUUCCUCCUCCUCUAGAUUCUCCCCUCAGCUGCUUGGCAGCAGUCUACUCCGCCGCUAUCCCUCCUCCUCUUAUUUCUCCCCUCAGCGGCGCAGCAGCAGACUACUCCGCCGCUAUCCCUCCUCCUCUUAUUUCUCCUCUCAGCGGCGCAGCAGCAUACUACUCUGCCGCUAUCCCUCCUCCUCUUAUUUCUCCCCUCAGCGGCGCAGCAGCAGACUACUCCGCCGCUAUCCCUCCUCCUCUUAUUUCUCCCCUCAACGGCGCAGCAGCAGACUACUCCGCUGCUAUCCCUCCUCCUUUUAAUUUUCCCUCAACGGCUCAGCAGCAGACUACUCCGCUGUUGGCCCUCCUCCUCUUAUUUCUCCCCUCAACAGCUCAACAGCUGCUACCUCGCCCCUAA